UCGGUUUGCGUCAGGUUCUCGUCUUGAACCAGCGUACGCGUGCUCGCGAAGCGCCGAAACGGGCUCCACUCCGACACGUGAACUGUCACGUUGACCUGAUUAGGCUAACAUUUGCUAUGAGAACGUGUGUAUGACUAGGUAAUGUUACCAUCAGCUUCCCCUUUGCAGAUAUGCUUACUGCAGUGCGGUGUGUGCUGUCUAAGCUGGUGUCUCCAUUGUGGAGGACUGUGGAGGUGGAUGAAGAGGGCCUGUCCUCCGCUACACCAGGCAUGAAGAAUAUCCGCCACCUGCGGGGCAGUGCGGUAACCCAGCUGUGCCUGGACUAUGGCAUGAUAGACGAUGCGGUCUACUUCACCAGUGGAGAGGUGUUGGGCGGGAUGCCUCUGAAGGAAGGGGACUUGGUGAACUGCAUAGCUGUACAAGAUGGUGCCCAAGGGGGAUGGAAAGCUUUAAGAGUGGAGAAGAGUGCAGAUGCUUGGGAGGAUGGUGGAAGAACCUCUCUAGAAGCUGACAGAAUGCAGCUGCGCCCUCUCAUCGGCACAGUCACAUCCUUUGAUGGAGAUGGCGGCUACAUAAACCAGACCACGUACUUCCCACGCUGCAGUCUAUGGGAUGGUUACCAGCCAAUGAAAGGAGACUGGGUCCAAGCAAAAUAUUGUAUCAAUUCUAACCAGUGGACCUCCCAGGCUCGUUCUGUGGUCCCUUUGCGGUACCAACGCCUAGACAAGGUGCAUGUGACCAGCAUGUACGGUAAAAAUGGAGUGGUGGAUGACAGUGUGUUCUUCAGCCUGGACUCUCUGCUGCUGCCUGCCUGUUACCAGCCUCUGCCAGGGCACCUGGUCAACCUCGUAAUGGUGGAGAGCAGUCAGUCCUUGUACUGUUGGAGGGCCCUGUGCAUGGCCCCCUGCCUUCAGAGUGGGAAUAUUUCUGGUACACAUCUCCCAGAGGCUGAACUCAAGAGCAUUUUGGAAAACAAAGGGGGGCUUGAAGUAACAGACUAUGGCAAGUUUGUGGAUCUGAUGAUGGGGGAGAAACAAGAGCUGGUGAUCUGGAUACAAAAUAAAGGUUCAGAGACCCACAGGCUAAAGGGCUGUGACUUUGCUGGCUGGGACUCAGAGGAACAGUUCACUCUGGUUACUGGCAAAGACUCCACAUCACUGAGAAAGAAACGACAGCCUUUGCGAGAAAACUACUCGGAGUCUUCAGAAAAACAAGUCGGUGAUGCAAAAGAGGUACACAAAGCAAAUGGUGAGGUGCUGAAGGAGACUGUCGAUUCCCCUGGUUCAACGAGAAAGGAGAGAGAUGUGGAUAUUCCCCCAGGAGAGAGGUUGCCUAUUGUAGUAGCCUGCCAAGCAAAGAGCCUGGGACGCUGUGCUGAGCUGCUGCUGCUGCACUUCUCCUCUUUCACCAUCGGGAGGCGCCUUGAGGUCACAGUGGGCAGUAAAGAGGAGAAACUGCUGAGGCCCUCGCUGCCCUACAGUCCCAGAGAUGUACGUCUGAUCUCAACCAUGCCUACAAACGUGAUCACUGUCUCUGCUCCAAAAGACAUACCAAGGCCUAUGAAGCGGCGGCUGCCAAACUUCCUACCCAACUAUCCAUUGCCCCAAGCUCUCAGAGACUGUGUGGAGGCACAGAAAGACGUGCUGGUAGUUCAGCCCUGCCUCGGAGAGGUGCUAUCACCAUCCAACAUGCGUUUGCGUUUUUCGGUCCUUCUCUGGCUGGAAGAGAUUCAUGCAGAGAAGGAAAUAAGAGAGUUCACCAUCAUCGGGGCCGUUCUCAGGAAAGGAGCGGCCUACCUGCACCUAGAGGUCCUUGGGUUGGCCGAAGGCAGACCAAAUCUAAGUAUAGGUGACAGAAUAGUAUUGAAGAAACCACAGAGGGAAGGUGUGGUAAUGGAGUACGUUGGCUAUGUCGCAGAGAUCAAUGAUGAAAAUGUGAGUUUGAGAGUGAACUCAGAUUUUCAGCGCAGCUACCUCGGAGAGCCGCUUGAUGUUGAGUUCUCUUAUAACAGAUUGACCAUGAGACGAUGUCACAACGCACUUGACCAGACAAAACAGUUUGGGGAGAUUUUCUUCCCCUCUGGAGUGACUGUUAAGAACCCUCAAUGGACAAGAAAGUGGAUAGAUGAGCCAGACCAGAACAAAACAAUGAAGGACAAUGAGGUUCCAGCCGUGGAAAAUGGAAGGGUUUCAAGCCUUUCCAUCAACAUGGAGUCAAAGGCCACACAGACUAAAGAUGGUAGUGUGCCAUCCAAACCCAUCCCCAGCAUGGGGCACUUCUUUAACCCGGACCUGAACCCUCCUCAGAGAGAGGCAGUGAAGAGGAUCCUGGCAGGGGAGUGUCGGCCCAGUCCUUAUGUGCUGUUUGGACCUCCAGGCACGGGAAAGACCAUCACCAUCAUAGAGGCCAUACUACAGGUUUACCACUUUCUGCCCAGUAGUCGGGUACUCGUAUGUACUCCUUCCAACAGUGCUGCUGACCUCAUCUGCGUACGCCUACAUAACAGUGGUUUCCUGCAUGCUGCAAGUUUGGCCCGUGUCAACGCGUCCUGUAGGCAGGAAGAGUCCAUCCCAGAAGUGCUGAGACUGUACUCAAGGGCAGGAGAGGACAUCCGUAAUGCCUCUUUUCACAGGAUUGUGGUCAGCACCUGCUCCAGCGCUGGCAUGUUCCAUAAUAUAGGACUACAAGUGGGACAUUUUACCCACGUGUUUCUGGAUGAAGCCGGCCAGGCCACAGAGCCAGAGUCCCUGAUCCCCAUGAGUUUUUUAUCAGAGAGAGAUGGACAGAUAGUGUUGGCCGGUGACCCCUGUCAGUUGGGUCCGAUAGUGAAGUCCAAGCUGGCCUCUGCCUUUGGCCUGGGGGUGUCCAUGUUGGAGAGACUGAUGGCCAGCCCACUGUACUCUAGACAUGACUGGGGAUACAACCCUAAGCUGGUAACGAAGCUGAUCUACAACUACCGUUCUCAUGAGGCUUUGCUCACGCUGCCCUCCAAGCUCUUCUACAAGAGCGAACUGUGUUUUAAAGCAUCAAGGGCCAUAGUAGAGACUCUGUGCAAGUGGAAAACCCUGCCCAAAAAAGGCUUCCCACUCCUCUUCCAUGGAGUUAGGGGCACAGAAAUGAGGGAAGGUAACAACCCGUCAUGGUUCAACCCAGUAGAGGCUGUUCAGGUCAUGAUCUACUGCUGCCAGCUGGCAAAGAAGCUCUACAACCCUGUGGAUCCUUCUGACAUUGGCAUCAUUGCCCCCUACAAGAAACAAUGUGAGAAGAUUCGAGUGCUGCUGGGUAAGGUAGGCCUGUCUGACAUCAAAGUGGGCUCCGUGGAGGAGUUCCAAGGACAAGAGUUCCUGGUCAUCAUCAUGUCUACGGUGCGCUCUAAUGAAUCGGUACAGAGUGAUGAUUUGCAGAGUGCACUCGGCUUUCUGGCCAACCCCAAACGCUUCAACGUGGCCAUCACUCGUCCUAAAGCCCUGCUGUUAAUUGUUGGAAACCCCCACAUUCUCAUCAGGGAUUUAUGCUUCAGGGCUCUACUGCAGUACUGCUUCAUCAACGGGGCAUAUCUGGGCUGUGACCCCCCUCCUACCUUAAGAGACUCUGAGAUUGUUGCAGAACAGCAAAGGACUACAUAAGAGGACGACAUGAUCAUGGAUGUUGUACCUCCGCUCUGUCAACCUGACUGUCUUUAUCGUGUUCUAAGUUUUUCCCCCUCCCCUUCACAUUUUCUGGGCUUCUCUCUCUGUCGACUGUCUUCAUAGUGUAGCUGUCUUGAUCAGUGUUAAUGGAAUUUGUUUGUAAAGAGAUAUUUCUUGUUUCUGUGAAAACAAAAAGCAGUUCCAUGCGGCGGGGUAGAAAUAAAGAUGACGUGUGUACA